AUUUCAAUAAUAUUGAUUAGUUUUUUAAUUAUAAAAUUUACAUAAGUUUAAAUAACUAAAAAAAGACUCAAGUCUAUAGUUAGUGGAAAAUGUGUCAAAUGUGAUUGUAGAUUGAAAACAUAGUAAAUUCAAAAACUCGUUCUGGACAGACAUUUGUGUGAUCAAUGGCAUUUGUUUUUAUUAUCGUAUUUUUAUCGUUCUUAUGUGGAUUUUCUGUGAUAUUAAACGUCACUGUAGUCUUAACCAUACUAGCAAAGGGAAACACUAAAAACACUCGAGAUGUAAUUUUGAUGAGUCUUGCAAUAUGUGAUGGCGUACAGUGCACUAUAGGAUAUCCGGUCGAACUGUUUGGUUAUGCUAAUUACAAAAAUCCAUCACUAUCCGAAAAGUUUUGCAAACCGAGUGGUUUCAUUGUUAUGUACCUUGCCUUAACUGCUAUUGCACAUUUGGUUUGUUUAUGUAUAUAUCGCUAUUUAACUAUUGUAUAUCCACUAAAACUACAGAUAUUUCUCACAAAAUCGAAUUGGAGUGCAUGUGGUUGUAUUGCCUUUUGCUGGAUCUAUGGUUUGUUUUGGUCAUUAAGUCCUCUACUCGGUUGGAAUGAGAUAGUGCGAGAAAAACAGGAUACCUACAGAUGCUCAAUUAAUUUAUAUCCGGAUAAUGAGAUAAAAAGUAGUUAUUUAUACGCUCUGGCAAUAUUUUGUUACCUUAUUCCUCUAAUAAUUAUUAUUUACUGUAGUUUAAAAGUCCACUCAGAACUUCGCAACAUGUUAAAAAUGUGCAAACAAAUUUCUGGUGUUGAAGCAAAUAUUACAAAAGUUACAUAUCGAAUAGAAAAACAAGAUUUUAUAUCUGUAAGUUUUAUAAUAGCUUCAUUUUUUACUGUUUGGACUCCAUAUGCCGUAUGUGUUUUUUAUUUGACAAUUGGAAAAAAACUACCUCCUAGUUUUUUAACUUAUUGUGCUUUGUUUGCUAAAUCAUCAACAAUUCUGAACCCUAUCAUUUAUUGUCUCAUGUAUAAAAAAUUUCGCCAAACAUUACAAAGUAAAUUUGGGAAACUCUUCAAUAACCCAACAGUUACACCAGCUGUUUAAAAAAAAGCUCUGAUGUUUGGAUACCUCAAGAUUGAGAGCAAGUUGCUGCUUUGUACAAAUAAAAAAAGUAUUUUGUUGAAAUAAUUAUUAAAUAUAUUAUAUA